AGAAAAACAAUGGCGAACCGGAAGCGGCUGUAAAUUUAAAGUUGACAUGUUCCGCCAACUUCGCUAGGAGGCAGCAGGAGAGAGAAGACGGCAGAAUGACAGAUGAUGCCGUCUUGCUGGAUGUACCUGUUGUCCGCCAGCUUUACCACUGGGACUGUGGCCUCGCCUGCUCCAGAAUGGUCCUCAGGUAUCUGCAUCCCAUCAGCGAUGAGGAGUUUCAGAGGGCAUGCGGAGAGCUGAAGAUGACAGAGAGCGUGUGGACUAUUGACCUGGCCUACCUCAUGUGCCAUCUAGGAAUCAAGCAUUGCUUCUACACGCAGACACUGGGUGUUGAUAAGGGCUUUAGGAAUCAGUCAUUUUAUAAGAAGCAUUUUGAUAUGGAAGAAGAUCGAGUCAAUGAGCUGUUCCUUGAAGCAGAGAACAAUGGUGUGCUGGUAAAGAAAUGCUCUGUGACCAUUCAGGAAAUUGAGUCCCACCUGGAACAGCGUCACGUCGCCAUCGUGCUCAUCAAUGCUGUCAUCUUGACAUGUGAACUCUGCUCUGCACCUGUCAAAUACUGCUGCUUCCUCCCUGUGGGCCAGAAGUGUUUCUGCAGGAAGCCAGAGUACCAGGGUCAUUUUGUGGUCGUGCGCGGCUUCAACAGGACCACUGGCUGCAUUUUGUACAACAACCCUGCAUAUUCUGACCGUGUCUGCUGCACCUCCGUCACUAACUUUGAGGAGGCUCGACGGAGCUACGGGACAGAUGAGGACAUUCUCUUUAUCUUUAAGGAGAGCUGAUUGACAGUUGUAAUGACAUUAUGGAAGUUGACAACUUCCUUCUUUGGUCCAGAUCCUGUUUGGCCAUCCUCAUCGGUGCUAUUGGGUCCAACACGUCACACUAAGAAGACUCCAUUUACCUUAUUCCCCUUUAUACAGCCAUCACCACUUAGCCUGGACUCAGUUCAGGAUUGAACUGAAUAGAUGAGAACGUGUGGAGCUUUGAAAGUCUCAGGUCAAUGCUGUGCACAGCAGGGUUGGGGAAAUAGUCCGAGUUGCAGCCAUGUGUGGAGUCAACAUGGUCUGCUUCCAGGAGACCUGGAUGAAAAACAUUCGGUGUCGUGGAAACAUCAAAGACAGAACAAAGUUUCGACAAAAGGGACUAAACGUUGUAUUCAUUCUCUGAGUAAGAGAACAAUGUAUCACAUCCUCACUGGUUAUUAUCCUUGUCAGUCUGAUGUAAAGUUGCACUACACUUUUCACAUGGAAUUAUUAUAUACUGUUUAAAUUAAACAUGACAUAUACAGUAUACAGAGUGGGUUUAAUUUAUGUUUUAAAAUAAAGCACAAAUGACAACAUUUUAGUUUCAUACUGUGGAGGUUUAUCAACGUGCGUUAGAGUCUUUGUGAGCUAUUCUUUCACUACAUUGGGCUUGUAGUCAUGUCUGACAGCUUGGGUGAGUUCCUCAGCAUACUCGGAAUAGCGUCCAGUCAUCUACACAAACAGAAUAUACAUUUUAUUGGAAGGCUUUUAAAUCACAGUUCUGUUGUUUUUUUUAUCCCACAAAAAAAAGCUUCAUACCAACAAUAAACUAAAAAAAAAAAAGCAUAAAGAAGCAAUAUUAACCCAAUUAUGACUAAUUGGUUUUAUGGCUCGGCGCUACCAUAUGUGUACGGCAAUUGGCAUACUUUGGCAUCGUUACUUGUUUAAAGAUACAACUGCCUUAUAAACUAGGCUGACCAUAUUCUGAAAUCCCAAAAAGAGGACACAUAUAUGCGUGCCAAGGCCGGGGACGAGGUGAACAUUUGCCAGUGAUACUCGAACUUGCUUUAUAAAUAAUAUAUUUAUUUAAAUAAAGCAUUUUUUUCCUCCUUUGUUGA